CCGAUUCCGACAACCAUAAAGCUGCUUGACCUGAGGAGGAUUUGCUCGAGAUGCCUUACCUUGUGGAGGAUUCCUGGAUCAAUGGCCAGGCAAGCACCUACAACAUUUCCGACCUUGAAGACUGCACCAUUGCUAUCGAUGCUUCUUACUUCCUGAGUCUUCUUCUAGACAACGACCCUUCUCGCGAGUCUUUGCUUCCUGCACUCGGGGGCUUGACGGGCAUCCAUUAUCAUAUCCACCGACAUCUUGACCUCUGGGAGAAGCAUCGGAUCACCCCCUUUUUCAUCUUUGAUGGCCAAUCCUUAGUUGGACAAGAUGAGGUCACUUUGACGCGCGCUAGAGCUGCAAAUCAGAGGAUGGAUCAGGCAUGGACGCUGUACUUGCAAACCGAGGGCAAUGAAAGUGUCAAUGUCUUCAAGGAGAACCCAGGUAUGCUUUCUUUCCUUGCUUAUUUCGAAAUGAUUGAUUCGGAUCUAUGCGCCGGCAUCAUGGGGCCUCAGGAGUUGCUUCUAUACCCUAUCAACGAGUCGGUCAUUCGCAACUUUGACUGGGAUGCUGGAACUGUGACCGCCAUCUCAAAGAAGAGGGUCAUGCGUGCACUUGGAGUCAACGAAUCCAUGUUCAUCGACGCUAUGCUCAUGACAGGGACGUCGUUUCUCCCUACAUUUCCGCCGCUGCAGGACACCUCCAUUUACCCAUCCCCCUUCACCAUUGCGGAGGCAGUCAACAUCCUGCGGACCUCAGAUAAGGCUGUUGUUAGCGCUUGCGCCUCCUUCAAUGACAUCUUGCAAGCAAAGGACCCCAACUGGCUAGACAAGUAUCGCAAAGCCAGAAUGGCAGUCCAUCACUUCAUCUACAUCGCUGAGAGUGGCGAGGUCAUGGUUCACGACUUCGACCAGCUCACACAAGACAAUCACGAAUACCUCGGUCUCCAGAUGCCCGCAGAGCUAUUUCACUAUCUUAACACGGGUCUAAUCGGUGCUCGUAUCUUGAACGGAAUAACACACGGGCAGAUUCUUGUCUUACCGACCCUGGAUGGCACUGCUUCUGACGAAUACAAGAAGCUUGUGACUAGCCAAAUUCUUCCCAUCAAAGAGCAAGCCCUCGGCCUCAUCAUUCCAAGAAUUCACAGGGGAAUUGGCCACAAGGACAUCACGAUGAAGGUUUGGUUCGAUCCGAAUUACUCUUAUACUUUCAAUCAUCGCUCCACCCAGCCACCCCCAUCUCAACGGGUAGCAACCUGGGAUGUCAAGGAGAAAGACUUGCGUCACUUUUACCCAGCAGAUUUUGCUGGCCCAGUGUACUUGGAGGUGCUUGCGCUUGCAAACCAGGACUUUGUUGCGAAAACAAUUUCUAGAGAGAAGCCCAUCCGCGGCAUCGAUAGCACUGACAUGGUGGUAUCAAUCGCCAUCUGGCGCUUUCUCCACCUCAGGGGUUAUGUUGACGACUCUCACAAGCUGACGAAUUGGGGAAAUGCCCUGGCAACUACGCUUCUUGCCAUCAAAGACGCAAGGGAAGAUGAGCCUGAUGUACCAGGCAUCGAUGAAGCUGCUUUGUUGGCGUUUGAAUUAUUGCGUUUUGGACUUUUGAGCGGCAAAUAUGUUGCAGGCGCGCCUGGUAUGCCCCGGAAGGGAACAGAUGACGAAAAGUCGAGUUUGAUUCUCAUUAGCCAAUGCGCUUCAUUGUUGAAGUUGAGACACAAAGAGUGUGGAUACACCGGACCUUUGAACAAGCAUUUAACGGGAUUCCGCGGGCUGUCGACAACGGUUCGCGAAACUGACAGAGACUUGAUCGAAGCAAUUGUGGCGUCCAUGUUCAUGUAUGGCCAGUGCAAGCGCGAAAGGGCUGAUCAGCUAGAAAUCAGUCAGAAGCUUCCUUUCUCACAAGAGCCGGAUAUUGCACUCGGCAUCGCCACUUUCACCUUCUUUGAGGAAGACGAGCCCUCAAACAGUAAAGAAGAGCGAGGUCUUCGGCUGGACAGUUUCUCAACACCAUUCGUACCACACUCGGAGGCAUUCCCUGAAGAUCUCCGCAUCGCCCUUGACUUCGUUCGCGCCCUCAAUCAAGGUGUGAAGACGCUGGAUGCAGCCUCACUACCGCCAAAUGAGAAAUCGGUCUGGACAAAAGCCCAAGAUUACAUCACUGCCAGGCCAUUUACAUUCGAUGGUUAACAGAUACGCAUAAAAAACAAAUUUAGCAAGAUAAACAAGCAAGAAAAGUCCGCAUGAUCAUGGAUAGCCUCUUUAGAUACCACCCUGUACUGCGUUGACAUUUCUAACUAUUCCACAGAGGGUUUACACCAUGAGUUAGAGGUCUCAUUUUAUGAGAAGAUUUGUGUCUUUGAAAUGAAAUAAACAACCAAAAAAAGAGAAGAUGGAGAAGAUGAGCAUUCAGGAAGAGGGUUUUGUACUCAUUCCUGAUGGGUGUAGUAUCGUGGGCUGGAGAAGAGGGGGGACGUAAUCAACUAUCGGAGAAGCGAAAAGGUCUUUUGCGAGCGACAGCUUCUGGAGGUAGCAAAUAGCAAACAAACUUAGAUGAUAGCAAGAUCUUAGAAGUUUGCAUUUCAAAUGGCUUCUUUUGUAUGUUGAUGUCAGUGUGAUCC